AUGCAGUUUCUAUCAAAGGAUCUGAACUCUUUAUCUCUUGCAAAAUAUUUUGUAUAUAAGCCUAAGACAGAGAAUAGUCAAGUAGAUAGAGAUAUCCAAGAAUCUUUGACUCAACAAACUUUAACUAGUUUAAAUAAUAAUAUGCCUAAAGAAUCAAAAAUCUUUAAUAAGAAGUGG